AUGAGCGGAUCAGAAUCAAAUAUUCGUCAAUCGCGACAACGUAUGGCUCAAAACUACCUUCUCGUUUGGGUAGAUGCCAGCAUUGACGAAGCUGACAAAGACUGCCAAGAUAUAUUGGCGCAACUGAAGAACGUGGUCAACGAUGUUAACUUAUGUACUGCACCGGAUCAAUGUAUUCAAAUACUCAACCAGGUUGAUAAUAAAAGAGUCUUUGUCAUAACAUCAGACUCUUUAGGUCAAUAUUUGGUUUCUGAAAUACAUGAUAUGUCACAGUUAGAUGCAAUUUAUAUCUUCUGUGACAACAUAUCCACACAACAAGAGUGGUCACAAAACUGGACAAAGAUCAAAGGUGUUCAUACAAGCAUUAAAGAAAUUUGUCAAGCAUUGCAAUUGUCUGUUAAACAAUGCGAUCAGGACUCAAUUGCAAUAAGUUUUCUUCCGAUAGAUGAAAUAGCUUCAAUUGACAAUUUAAAUCAGUUGGAGCCAACUUUCAUGUAUACCCAGCUAUUGAAGGAAAUUCUCCUCGAUAUCCAAAAUAGUCCUAAGGCAAUGCAGAAUUUAGUAGCUUGUUGUCGCGAAGUUUUUACUGGCAAUCCAAUUGAAUUACAAGUCAUUAAUGAAUUCGAACAGAAUUAUCUUCCCGCACGAGCAAUAUGGUGGUAUAUACGUGGGUGUUUUACCUAUAAAAUGCUCAAUCAAGCACUUCGAACUCGAGAUGUCGAUAUGAUCAUUAAUAUGGGCUUCUUUCUACGUGAUGUACAUCAACAAAUUCAACAACUGUACGAACAACAGGUCAGCAAUUAUGGAGGAAAGUCGUUUGUAGUUUAUCGAGGACAAGGUCUUCAGCAAUCAGACUUUGAAAAACUUCAGAAAACAAAAGGUGGACUGAUGUCAUUUGAUAAUUUCUUAUCAACCAGUAAAAAUGAACAGGUGUCUCUUGGUUUUGCUCAAUGUGCUUCAGCGAAACCGAAUAUGGUGGGCAUUCUAUUCAUAAUGACCAUUGAUCCUUGUAUUAAAUCAACACCCUUUGCUUUCAUCAAAGAGGAGAGUCACUUUAAUGAAGAAGAUGAAAUUCUCUUCUCAUUGCAUGCCGUCUUUCAAGUGAGUGCAAUUAAACAAAUGGAUCAUGAGAAUCAGCUUUAUCAAGUUGAAUUACAAUUAAUAUCGGAUGAUGAUUAUCAACUACGACUACUUACUGAUCGAAUACGAAAAGAAGCUGAUGGUACUGGAUGGAAAAGAUUUGGUGAAUUAUUGCUUAAAACUGGUCACUUUAAUAAAGCUGAAGAAUUUUACAACACCUUACUCGAACAGACAUC